GGCGGCGGGAGGAGGAGGAGGAGGAGGAGCAGGACGGCUCGGCAGCCGCCGCCGUGCAGCCGCAGCCGCCGCAUGUGCGAAGUGGGGACGCGGCCGCCGCCGGGCGCCGAGCGCGGGGAACCGCCCGGGGGAGCCGAGAGGUGCCGAGACAUGGGAGAACAGCCCAUCUUCACCACCAGAGCCCAUGUCUUCCAAAUUGACCCCAGCACGAAGAAGAACUGGGUUCCCGCAAGCAAGCAGGCUGUAACUGUUUCCUACUUCUAUGACAGCACGAGAAACAGCUAUCGGAUUAUCAGUGUGGAUGGAGCCAAGGUGAUCAUAAACAGCACAAUCACACCUAACAUGACCUUCACUAAAACAUCACAGAAGUUUGGCCAGUGGGCGGACAGCAGAGCAAAUACUGUGUUUGGUUUGGGCUUUCCCUCGGAGCAGCAGCUGACAAAGUUUGCAGAGAAAUUCCAAGAAGUAAAAGAAGCUGCCAAACUAGCAAGAGACAGAUCUCAAGAGAAAAUUGAGACCUCGAGCAAUCAUUCCCAGGAAUCUGGACGUGAAACACCAUCUUCCACUCGAGCAUCUAGUGUGAAUGGGACAGAUGAUGAGAAGGCAUCACACGGCGGUCCUGCUGAGGCACAUCUGAAGUCUGAGAAUGAUAAAUUAAAAAUUGCUCUAGCCCAAAGUUCCUCCAACGUGAAGAAAUGGGAGACGGAGCUGCAGACCCUGCGGGAGAGCAACGCCAGGCUGACCACGGCGCUGCAGGAGUCCGCAGCCAGCAUCGAGCACUGGAAGAAACAGUUCUCAGCCUGCAAGGAGGAAAAUGACCAGCUGAGGAGCAAGAUUGAAGAGCUGGAGGAACAGUGCAAUGAAAUAAAUAAAGAGAAGGAAAGAAACGCACAGCUGAGUAGACGUCUCCAGGAACUGGAAACAGAGCUUCAGGACAAAGAGCUGGAACUGGAAGAGCUGCGGAAGCAGGGUGAAAUUAUACCACAGCUAAUGUCAGAAUGUGAAUCUGUAUCUGAACAACUACAGGCUGCUGAGAAAAAGAACAAAGAUCUUGAAGAGAAAGUCAGAACACUAAGAACAGAAGUUGAAGAGAGCAAACAUAGGCAGACCAACCUUAAAACUGAAUUAAAGAAUUUUUUAGAUGUACUAGAUGGGAAGAUAGAUGAAUUACAUGAUUUCCGACAAGGACUAUCUAAACUUGGGGUUGACAACUAGAUGGCAAUAGAUAUUUUUUGUAAUCUAGGAUCUGGAUGUUUGACGUUUUGUUGAUCCCAAACAUGUGUUUUGCAAAAUAUAACUAGAAUGUUCCACUUGUUUGCAUUGUUUUUGUACAUAGAGGCUGAAAAUUUUGAUGGGGGGUGGGG